AUGGUGACUGCUUUUAUCACCAAGCCAGCCACUGUUUUUAUCAGCGAUUUAUUUACUGACGUCGCCACUGACACAAUCACCAAUUAUCAUACGGAAACAGUCACCCUCUCCUAUACUGAUACCGCUACAGCGACGGCAACUGAUGCAGUAUCGUCUACGACUACACAGGAAGUGGACGUGACUGCAACAAAUACUGUGUCUCGGAUUACUAUCAAUACUGAUAUGGAAAUUGUGACCAAUACUUUCUCAGCCACUGAGACUGACUACACAACUGCAACCUUCACCACAGUGGAAACCGAUGGGGUCACAGUAACUACCACCGCCGUAGUUACAAUGUUGGCACCCACCGUGAAGAGAGACGUGGUUGAGGAGCGUGCUGCAGGGGCCACUCCCUCUGCCCUGAGAGGGAUCCAUACCACUCACUUGCAAAGCGCAUGCGCUUUCUUGUAUUUUGAGGACUGGGUCUCAACAAUUUACACCACCAAGACAUUGGCUCGGCCUACUGUCACUCAUACGGUCACCACACAUGCCGUGGUACCCAGGAUACACACUGUCUACGUAGCAAAAUCUACUACAGACUUUGUGACAAAUACAGCCCCUGGCACAUUGACCACAGUCAAGAUCGGCACAGUCACAAUUGAUAUUACGACGACGAGAACUAUUCCAACGACGCUAAUUGUCACCGCUUCCUCGACCACCACUGCUACCGAUAUCGCUACAGUGACAGUGACUGUCGACAAUCCCACCACAGAAACAAAAGUCAUCAUAGCUACGGUGACCAGUGAUAUCACCACUUCCACUACCCUCGACAUCACAGCUCAUGAGACUGCCUCUACCUCCACAAUCACAGUUGAUGUGACGGAAGUAGCGACUUUAACGGCAACCUCUUCGUUUACCGUUACUGCCACUGUACCUGUCACUGUUGAAACGACCAUUCUCAACACUGUUGAAGUUACCAAUACUGCGACUAGUACGUCCACCAUCGACGUGACCAUCACCCAAACAGUCUCAACGACUACAACCACCACAGUCACGUCCGCAGCGACCAGCUCCGCCAAUUGCAAUGUGAAUGUUAUCUCAAAUCCCAAUUUCGACGGAGCAGUCCUGGCGCCUUGGGUACUCACCAAGGCUGGGGCCGGAAGCUACGAUAUUCCACAAGCUGGCGAGACCACCGCCUACGCACUCGAACUCUACUCGACUGCCACUUUCUCUGUACAGAUCGUCCAGGUGGUGAUUACUUCCGUCGGACAAGCGUACGCCUUUUCGCUGGAUUUCAAAGUUACCAUAGGCACCACUGCUGCAUCAGUCUUCAGUUGCUCGUUUGAUAACUCUGACGGAACAACCCUCACUAUCCCACUCGGCUCAGUCGCUAGAACUUCGUGGCUCACGCGUCAGACUACCAUGGUGGCAUCUUCUACGAGUACGACGAUCACUUGCAUGUUGAGAACGUCCUUUCUUACGCAUGUUUAUCUCGAUAAUAUUUCCCUGGCGGCGUCGUGCUAA